CUGCGCGAGCAUCUGUCGGUAUCUUCCGAUCCUCAGUUCCGAACCUGGACACACCGUUUCCCGCCCACCGGAGAGGAAUACAGCCAGCCAACUGCAGGGAUGAAAGGAUGAGCAGUUCCCACAGACAGAGUCAGAAAGCCGUGAAGCCGCACAUGACUUGAUAGUAGAGGUGCGCAGCAGGCAAAAUACUUCCACCUGGGAUUUCAAAGGGAAAACAAAAGGGACAACCGUUAAAACCUUUAGACAUGAGAUUCAGCUGGUGAACCUAGUCCCUAUCUGGAUGUCGCGAUAGCCUAUUUGUUUGUUCUCUAAAUGCUCGCGUGCCGUUAGUGUCGCUCUUAACCGGCGCGCGCGCCUCCCAAUCUUUCCCACGCAAGUGAAUCUGAUGAGUCCCCGUAGCCGCGUGUUGUUUCGUCGCCGCACGCGUAUGCGCCCGGACUUCUCGCGCUUAGCAGCAGCAGCAUGUCCUCGCGCAAGAUCUCGUCAGAGUCGUUCAGCUCGAUGGGCUCGGAGUGCCUGGAGAGCCCUGGAGAUGAUGGCGACUCCUGCCCAUUUUCACGCAUCUGGAACGGCAAGAGCCCCGUGGAGAAGCUCGCGUGCCCGUUCGAGGACGCACCGGGAUCCAAACGGGCGACAAGACGGAAGCGCGUGAACCUGGACUCGCUCGGGGAGAGCUUGAGGAGGUUAACGUCGCCCACGACACAGAUGGUUCAACAGUCUUUACAGAGAACCUUAGAGUUCUACAGACAGAAAGAGAUCAGGUGCAAAGAGGAUGGGAAGGAGGAAAAGAAAAGUGUUACUUUGGAUAAGUGUCCCUUUGUGGAUCACUGUGGUUCUGGAGAAGAGGCGGACAUCUCAGGAAUACUACAGUACAUGGCUACUCUACAGGGUGUGCAGUUCUGUGAGCUGAGGGAGCGUUUCGGGGAGGAGUUCUUCGGUCUGUGUUUCGAGGAGAACGAGCGAGUUCUGAGAGCGGUGGGAGGGAACCUGCAGGACUUCUUUAACGGCUUUGACGCCAUCUUAGAACACAUCAGAACCUCGACCGGACGCCGUGCCUCCUCAGAGAGCCCCUCCUUUCAAUGCAAAGACCCUCACGAGGAGGAGAGAGGAAGAGGAAGGGAGAGAGUGGAAGGAAAGCUUCUCCUCCUCCACUGCUUUAACCCCGCCCCUGUCGUGGGAUUGGCUAUGCCUGGUCUGAUCCGAGCCGUCGCACGCCGAAUCUUCCACUCCCAAGUUGUGGUGAAGGAAGCCCCUCCCCUAGCGCCCUUGUCGCCCAAUGAGGACGCAGAACACUCAGGAGGAGACUCCACCCCUACACCGACCCCCUCUCCUUCUCCGUCUGCCCCCGUCUGCCUCUCCUUCCUCAUCAGAGAAACCUCACCCUCCCCUUCCUCCAUCCCUCCCUCCUCUGUCACUCUUCCAACAGAGACCCCCAAGCAGACCCUCCCGCCCCUCUCCCUCUCCCCCACUGAUCUGCGCAUCGGUCCAGCAACAUUCUGCAGGGCCUUCCCCUUCCACCUGGUGCUGGGCCCCAGCAUGGAGCUGCUUCAGCUAGGGGAAGGUCUGAGGAGGCAGGCUCGGAUCGAGCCUCACCGGACCCUCUCCUUCAGGGACUGUUUUGAGAUCAUCUCCCCCAGGAUCCAGCCCACCUUCCAGGCCAUACUGCUGCGCCUGGCCUCCCCCUUCACCAUCCGCACCCGGCCAGACUGCUCCCAGUCAGGCACCAAGGAGAAGGUGAUGGAGGUGAAGGGUCAGAUGAUUCAUGUCCCAGAAUCCUCUACUCUGAUGUUCCUGGGUUCCCCCCGGGUGGACAAGCUGGAGGAGUUGAUGGGUAGGGGCCUCUACCUGUCAGACAUCCCCAUCCACGACGCCACGCGUGAUGUCAUACUGGUGGGACAGCAGGCCAAGGCACAGGACGGCCUCAAGAACAGGAUGGACAAACUCAAGGCCACUCUAGAAAAGACACACCAAGCUCUAGAAGAGGAGAAGAGGAGGACAGUAGACCUUCUCUACUCUAUCUUUCCUGGUGACGUGGCCCAGAAACUGUGGCAGGGGGAGUCUGUCCCCGCCAGGAAGUUUGAUGAUGUCACCAUGUUGUUUUCUGACAUCGUGGGCUUCACUGCAGUGUGUGCCCAGUGUACCCCCAUGCAGGUCAUCAGCAUGCUCAACGAGCUCUACACACGCUUCGACUACCAGUGUGGAAUACUGGACGUGUAUAAGAUUGAGACAAUAGGCGACGCCUACUGUGUUGCGGGCGGGCUCCACCAGAAGAUUGACAGCCAUGCCAAGCCAAUCGCACUCAUGGCCCUGAAGAUGAUGGAGCUGUCAGAGGAGGUGUUAACGCCGGACAGCAAAUCCAUCAAGCUGCGUAUAGGUAUCCAUACAGGCUCAGUGUUGGCGGGGGUGGUUGGGGUGAGGAUGCCCAGGUACUGUCUGUUUGGCAACAAUGUCACACUGGCCAGCAAGUUUGAGUCUGGCAGCCACCCUCGAUGCAUCAACGUCAGCCCAACCACAUACCGGCUGCUGAAAGACGAUUGCUCUUUCUCUUUCGUCCCUCGUUCCCGGUUGGAGCUUCCUGAUAAUUUUCCUAAGGAGAUCCCGGGAACAUGCUACUUCCUGGAGGGAGGGACUUCCCAUAGCCAUGCCUCCCUGACGAGCUCCCGCUCCGCCCCCCCAGCUCCCCUGAGGAAAGUGUCCUACAACAUCGGCACCAUGUUCCUGCGAGAGACCAGUCUAUAGGCUCCCAAUACACACACAACUCAAACCCUACAGCCAUGUUUAAAUGGGAGACUUAUAGAGAUGACAAUACCCUCCUGCCCCAAACCAGGACCCUCUUAACAACCCCCUCACUUUUCCAUCUAGAAACAGACACUCCUCGCUGCACCAACUACAACCUGUUGUUACCAAGGGCAACCACCCUUUACCCUUCAACCCCACCAGGAAUCAGACUGAAGGUUGAGAGAAGAGUGAAAACAACAAGAACAAAAGACAAUAAUAGAAUCAUUGAGCAACUCCAAAACUAAUGCCUUCUGCUUGUAGAACACAGCGUACUGUAACCAUGGAUACCACAGCUGGCUGUCAUCUUGGGCAUGGCAGAUACUGUGUUAUUAUCAACAGCGCUCACAACUCAGUGCCUUCCUCACUAGAACACUACAUACAUACACAACAUGGGAGCUGGCUGAACACACAGGGAAAUGGAGCGAGGUCUGCUGCUCUGAUGCUCCCCACAGUGAUGUGUAUGACUCUCCCAAAUCAGUCACUGUGGGAAGCCUUGGUUGUUUUGGUCCAGCUAGCAGCUGAACCAAUGGGAUGUUUGGACAUUUUCUCUUUCUGUUAGCUGAAUGCAUCCACUUCCCAGCCCGUUUGUUAACACUAAACCAUGGACAUAAGAAAGCAGCCCAUAAAUACAUCCAUCCACCCCCCUCCCCCCUCCAUCCACCCAUCCUCCCCCCUCCAUCCAUCCAUCCUCCCCCUUCCAUCCACCCCCCUCCAUCCAUCCAUCCUACCCCCUCCAUCCACCACCCUCCAUGCAUCCAUCCAUCCUCCCCCCUCCAUCCAUCCAUCCUCCCCCCUCCAGCCAGCCAUCUGCCCAUCCUUUCCCCUCCAUCCAUCCAUCCUCCCCCCUCCAACCAACCGUCAACCCAUCCUCUCCCCUCCAACCACCCCCCUCCAUCCAUCCAUACUCCCCCCUCCAUCCAUCCAUACUCCCCCUCCAUCCAUCCAUGCUCCCCCUCCAUCCAUCCAUGCUCCCCCCUCCAUCCAUCCAUACUACCCCCUCCAUCCAUCCAUACUCACCCCUCCAUCCAUCCAUACUCCCCCUCCAGCCAGCCGUCUGCCCAUCCACCCCCUCCAUCCAUCCAUCCUCCCCCUCCAGCCAGCCGUCUGCCCAUCC